AUGGACGCGCUGAAGGAUUACCUGCCAAAUGGUGAAGGUUACCUGCCAUGGUACAUGUUUGGCCUCUCGGUGAUUGCAGUAGGAAAUUCUCUGCAGAAUUAUCUCACCCUGCACUACUCGAGGCGCUUGUACAACGGCCAGUUCAUCGCCAACCCGUCCCUCGCUCCGCGAACCUCUACUUUCAACCCCGACGAUGCCACCAACAAGCUCGUCCCUGCGACGUCCGUCAAUCUGAAGCCCGGCAGUACGACCGUCGACCAGGUUACACCAUUGGCAGCCCGCCUUUUUGCCACCUAUACCCUGAUUUCAGCGAUUGUGAGGAUAUAUGCCAGUUUCCACCUGGACAAGGAGCCCGUAUAUAUGAUGGCUAUGUGGACAUAUCUGGUGGCACUUGGACACUUUGUUAGUGAGGGCUUUGUGUUCAAGACUUUCCGCAUCACCGGACCACAGCUGUUCCCUCUGGUACUCGCGUCCGUAGGAACAACCUGGAUGAUCAUGCAGAAGGACUUUUAUGUUCAGGCAUAA